CCUACCUCCAAUAACUCAGUUGACUUGAGCCUCUAUUUUUAUACCCCAAACAAACCAAACCACCCACACACCCACCAUAAUGGAACAAGACCCCGGGUUCAUCGCCGCCGUGGAAGAAGCCAAGCAGGGCUACGCCGAGGGCGGAGUCCCCAUCGGAGCUUGUCUCGUCUCCAAAGAAGGGAAGAUCCUGGGCCGGGGCCAUAAUCUGCGCGCGCAGAAGGGUAGCGCGACGUUGCACGCGGAGAUCUCCGCACUCGAAAACUCAGGUCGUCUGCCUGCGUCGGCCUACGAGGGCGCAACCAUGUACACGACGCUGUCGCCCUGCGACAUGUGCACCGGUGCCUGUAUCCUCUAUAAGAUCAAGCGCGUUGUCAUUGGGGAGAAUAUGAACUUUGUGGGUGGUGAGGAGUAUCUGUUGAACCGGGGGGCGGAGGUGGUGGUGUUGGAGAAUGCGGAGUGUAAGGGGCUUAUGGCUAAGUUUAUUGAGGAGAAGCCGGAGCUUUGGAAUGAGGAUAUCGGGGUCUAGAUUCAAGCAUAUAUCUCAUGAACAAAGUUGGUGGUUGCCGUUUGGCUAGACGUAGGGGGUGGGAUUGCCCGACAUGUACAUAGUCAGAGUAUACCCUCGGAUUGAAAUCAAUCGAAGAGUAAAUAUAAACCACUCGUGCAACCGUCUCACGAAGCCGUCAGUCGGUGGAUCUCCUCGAAGAAGAACUUGAGGUCAUCCGGCUUGACGAAGGGGGUCACGC